UGUUGUUGCUCAAAUAAACACUCCCCAUUUGAUCAGCAUGCUUGCCUAUCUUAUUUACACCGCGUUGGCAGGCUUGGCCAUCGCUCCGUUGCUGCUGUACUGGCGAAAUCCGUACUUGUUGCAUGAUCUUCGUUAUUCAAUCACUGGCAUUCAGAUCGCCAGACAGCUCAGCAGAUUUUCGACUAAGAAACACUUUUACAGCAUUCUUGACUGUUUUCUGGACAAGGUGUCCAAACAGCCUAACAAAAAGUUUCUAGUGUUCGAAGAGAGUAGCUACACGUACAGGCAAGCCGACCAGGAGAGCAACCGUGUGGCCGCAGCCCUGUCAAGCCUGCUCAAGCCUGGGGACACAGCGGCCGUGUUUGUUGGCAAUGAGCCGCUUUUUGUUUGGCUAUGGCUCGGCCUCGCCAAGCUGGGAUGUGUCGCUGCUCUGCUCAACUACAACAUCCGAUCCAAAUCUUUGCUGCACUGCUUCUCGUGCUGUGACGCCAAAGUUCUGAUCGCUGCGGCUGAACUACGAGAGGCCGUCGAAGAGGUGCUGCCUAGCCUGAAGCAGCUGGGGGUCCGUGUGUUCAUCCUCGACGAAGGCACUGAGUCAGAGGGCAUCGAAUGUCUCUCGGACAAGAUUCGCCAGGCCUCCGACCAACCUGUGUCACCACAGCUAAGGGCUGACAUUAACAUGAAGAGCCCUGCCCUCUAUAUUUACACCUCAGGAACCACAGGGCUUCCCAAAGCAGCGAUCAUUAACCACGAGAGGGUAUGGUUGGCAAGUUUUCUUCAGUCGGUUGCUGGCGUACGUUCGGAUGAUAUCAUCUACAUCUACCUGCCUCUCUACCACAGUUCUGGUUUUCUUAUGGGAUUGUGUGGAGCCAUAGAAAAAGGUAUUACUGUUGUAUUAAAACGUAAGUUCUCUGCAUCAAGUUUUUGGAACGACUGCAGGAGGUACAAUAUUACGGUUAUUCAGUACAUCGGCGAGAUUAUGCGAUACCUCUGCAACACACCACAGAAAGACAAUGACAAAGAUCAUAAAGUCAGAGUCGCUUUGGGAAACGGGAUGCGACCGGAUACCUGGGCUGAGUUUCUGCAACGGUUUGGCAAUGUUUGCAUCUGCGAGUGCUACGGAGCCACGGAAGGAAAUGUUGGCUUUGUCAACUAUGUUGGGAAAAUUGGAGCUAUUGGCAGAGAACAUUUCCUCCACAAAAUGGGGUGCCCCUAUGCCCUCAUACGGUACGACACGGAGAAAGAAGAGCCAGUCAGAGACUCCAGAGGAUUUUGCAUUGAAGUACCCAGAGGAGAGACUGGUCUGUUGGUGUCCAAGAUUGCCGCGAGAACCCCCUUCUCAGGCUACGCCAAGAACAAGCAGCAGACUGAGAAGAAGAAACUGAGGGACGUGUUUGUGAAGGGAGACAUCUACUUUAACAGCGGUGAUCUUCUCAAGAUAGACCACGAGGGUUUUGUCUUCUUUCAAGACCGCAUCGGAGACACUUUCAGAUGGAAAGGAGAAAACGUGGCCACCACAGAGAUAGCCGAUCAUUUGCUCAUGGUGGACUGCAUUGAAGAGGUUAAUGUCUAUGGGGUAAAGGUGCCAGGACACGAGGGAAGAAUUGGAAUGGCUGCGCUGACCCUGAAAGAAAACAUGGACUUUGACGGGAAAGCUGUGUAUCAGUUUGUCAAAAGCUACCUUCCGAGCUACGCAAGACCACGCUUUAUUCGCAUUCAGAACGCACUGCAGGUGACCGGGACAUUCAAACAAAUGAAAGUGAAGCUGGCCGAGGAGGGCUUCAACCCUGACGUCAUCAAGGAUCGUUUGCUUUUCCUGGAGGACAAUCAAGGCUACGUCCCCAUGACUCAGGAGAUCUUCAACUCCAUAGCAGAGGGAAGAAUCAAGCUGUGAAUCACUUUAUACUCCACUACUCAAACAACUGUGAAAUCCAUACAAUAAGCCAUAAAGUGAUUAGGAAUCUUUUACAUUGCAAAGAACACAAGGCCAAUGUAUUUUUUCUUCUAUGAAUGUUUUCAAAUUGAAUGCCUUGUUUGUUUUUGAUAAAACUCUCAAAACAAAAUUGAGACCCAGUUUGAUAUUCCCUGACUUGACAAUCUCAAACUUUUUAUGUCAAAAACCUCCUGGAAAAAUACUUGCCUGUCCCAAGUACCACCA